GGAGCUCGCGUGGAAGGCCGCGGUCGCGGAGGCAGCGGCUCGGCCUGGGGCCAGGGCUGGGGGAGAGGCCGCUCCGCAGGGCGAAUGUGACAAGCCCCCACCCCCACCGCUUUCCUCUUGAGUGUGCGAGGAACGCCGGCGACCCCAGGGCCCGGCCAGGCCACAGACCCCGCCCAGCGGCCAGCACCCGGAGCAGGCCCGGCAGUGGAGCUGCGCGGUGGCACCAUGCAGGUCACCCUGAAGACCCUCCAGCAGCAAACCUUUAAGAUCGACAUCGACCCCGAGGAGACGGUGAAAGCACUGAAGGAGAAGAUUGAAUCUGAAAAGGGGAAAGAUGCCUUUCCGGUAGCAGGCCAGAAAUUAAUUUAUGCGGGCAAAAUCCUCAAUGAUGAUACUGCUCUCAAAGAAUAUAAAAUUGAUGAGAAGAACUUUGUGGUGGUUAUGGUGACAAAACCCAAAGCAGUGACAACACCAGCACCAGCUACACCUCAGCAAUCAAAUCCUGCCACCACUGCUGCAGUUAGUUCCUCUACAGCAGCAGCUGUGGCACAGGCCCCAGCACCUGCCCCUGCUUUGGCUCCCACUUCCACACCUACAUCCAUCACUCCAGCAUCAACAACAGCAUCUUCUGAACCUGCACCUGCUAGUGCAACUCAACAAGAGAAACCCACAGAAAAACCAACAGAAACACCAGUGGCUGCUAGUCCAACCUCAACGGACAGUACAUCAGGAGAUUCUUCUCGGUCAAACCUUUUCGAAGAUGCAACAAGUGCGCUUGUGACAGGGCAGUCCUACGAGAAUAUGGUAACUGAGAUCAUGUCAAUGGGUUAUGAACGAGAGCAAGUGAUUGCAGCCCUAAGGGCCAGUUUCAACAACCCUGACAGAGCAGUGGAGUAUCUUUUAAUGGGAAUCCCUGGAGAUAGAGAAAGUCAGGCUGUGGUUGAUCCCCCUCAAGCAGCUAGUACUGGGACGCCUCAGUCUUCAGCAGUGGCUGCAGCUGCAGCAACUACGACAGCAACAACUACAACAACAAGUUCUGGAGGACAUCCCCUUGAAUUUUUACGAAAUCAACCACAGUUUCAACAGAUGAGACAAAUUAUUCAACAGAAUCCUUCCCUGCUUCCAGCAUUGCUACAACAGAUAGGUCGAGAGAAUCCUCAAUUACUGCAGCAAAUUAGCCAACACCAGGAGCAUUUUAUUCAGAUGUUAAAUGAACCAGUUCAAGAAGCUGGUGGUCAAGGAGGAGGGGGUGGAGGUGGCAGCGGAGGAAUUGCAGAAGCUGGAAGCGGUCAUAUGAACUAUAUUCAAGUAACGCCUCAGGAAAAAGAAGCUAUAGAAAGGUUAAAGGCAUUAGGAUUUCCUGAAGGACUUGUGAUACAAGCAUAUUUUGCUUGUGAGAAGAAUGAGAAUUUGGCUGCCAAUUUUCUUCUACAGCAAAACUUUGAUGAAGAUUGAAAGGGACUUUGUUUUUUUAUUUCACACUUCACACCAGUGCAUUACACUAACUUUGUUCACUGGAUUGUCUGGGAUGAUUUGGGCUCAUAUCCACAAUACUUGGUAUAAGGUAGUAGAUGGUUUGGGGUGGGGAGGGAGGGAUACAGGACAUAGGGCAGGGAUAAAUACAGUGCAUGUCUGCUUAAAUUAGCAGAUGCCGCUGAUCCACACAGUGUGUAAAAUAUUAUACAACCAAAAAUCAGCUUUUGCAGGUCUUUAUUUCUUCUAUAAAACAGUAGGUAAUUUUCCCUAGGUUUCACUCUUUUUAGUGUAAUAGAUCCAGAAAUUUAGUGUAAUGCCCUGCUUUAUAUUUCUUUGACUUAACAUUGGUUUCAGAAAGAAUCUUUGCUACCUAGAAUCUACAGUCUAUUUCAUGGCAACACUGGAUAAUGGCUUUGUGAAAUUGGAGGAAUUUUUGGAGCAACUGUAAACAGAAAUGCCAAAUUAUUGAUAGUUAUUGUUGCUGCUUCAAAUAAGUACAAAAUUACUGUGUAAGGAAGCCCAUUCUUUCAUGCUAAAUACUUGGGGGGGGGAGGGAGAAGGGGAACCUUUUCUUAAAAUGAAAAUAAUAAUUGCUAUUUUAAAAUUUCUUGAUCAUUGAAUGUGUGACCCUUCUAACAUAAUUUGAGAAGCUGUACAAGUAUAGGCAGUUAUUUUCCUGUUUACAUUUUUUGUUUGGGGAAAAAAAUUGGUAGGUGUCUAAUUACUGUUUACUUCAUUGUUACAUUGCAGUAAAAGUUUUAAAACAACCGUUGCAUGUUUGCUUUUGAUGUAUCCCUUUGUGAAAGAGCACUUUUGGGGCCAAUGGAGAAAUGCAGCACUCACUCUCCCUCACCCCCUUCCUUCAGCAGAAAUGUGUUUAUCAGCAAGCCGUGAGUGCAAACUGCUGCCUUUUUUUAAAACCCACCAAAUGCUGAUUCGGUAAAAAAAUUGAUGCAAAUGUUUCAAAACCAGGUUUCUGAUGUUUAUAAAUGUUUUCUUUAUUAGAUAAGAAUGUAUGGCCAUUAGUGUUAUAUUGCCCUCAGAAAGAUAAGGGGAAUGAAACUAUACCCGGCAUCUUUUAUUGCAUUGGAAAGACUGGUGAAAUCUUUCAGAAGGGUUGGGAGAUGUGGCUGGAAAAGUACUUCGGAAAAUACACAAUCAGGAUAUCUCAUGGCAUAUUAAAAGAAAAAUCUUAAUAGCAGUCUUGGUUUUUAUUUGGAUUUUUUUUUAAUCUCAGUUUUUUUGAUUCUCCUUCAUAAGUAAUGUUAUUUGAUCAUAAAGAGAGGGCAGUUGUCUACUCAUUCAGUUUUUAAAAUCUGUUAUGCCUGAAUAUAAACAAGAGUAUUUAAAGAAAUAAUUUUUUCCCUACCAUCCAAUACUGAGUAAGAUGAAUUUGCACAGAUUUUUCCCUGCGUAAUGUUACAAUGUUCUUAGCACAGUUUGGUGAUGAUUUUUAAGCUUUUACGUCAUGCACUCGUAACCUGUCACUUAUGAAAAUAAAUGAAACCAUGAUUUUUUCCCCACAGUGUUAUGUAGUUUGAUUCUCAUUUGUUUGUUCCAUAAACAUGAUAAGCCUUUGGACUUUGUAUUACCUGUAUGUUUUAUAAUGGAUCAUGCAUAAUGUCUCAGGAGAAUAAAAUGAGAAUCUGUAAAUGUUCAUCUUCCAAGGCAGAGUAAUGAGGUGGGAAGAAGGGUGGCAUUUCUGGUCGGACAACGGAAUACUCAUUUAUUACAUUCUGCAUGCUCCCUUACUGCUCAGAGUGUAUCAAAAAUCUGAAGAAAAAAACAAAGCAGCAGCAGCCUCUUUUUUUCUGGAAAAUGACAGCAGAAGAUGGUGGCAUGGAGCUCUUGUCUUUGGACAGCGAAACUACAAAUAGUGGAAUUGAUAAUUACCCAAAGACAGCUCAGGCCAAGUUUUGGCCAUCCUUUUUACCUUGUUAAUCUGUUUCCUGAUAGGCUUAAAGACGCUAUAAAAGAAACAGGCUUUUCAUGACCUUUUUCUGUUAUCUUUUUAAUUUACAAACCAUUUUGCUAAGUCUCCUAAUGUAAGUGGCUAUUUGACUUUGGAUUCUGACAUUUUAGGUAUUCUGUUGUCUAUAUUUCUUGAAAUGUUUUUAUUAUUGUAGUUGCUCUAUGGAAAAUGUGAGGAAGCCUCAGUUUAUAUUUGUUAAACUUCUGCCGUCCUCUAGUCAAAUAUUUCUUUCACUGUUGAAAAUUACUAAAGUGUUCCACCACGUAAUUUUUCUCCUGUAUUAGAUGGCUAGGAUUCUAGAGAAUUGAUUAUAAAAUAUUUUCAAUACAUCCAA